AUGGUCCGUAUCAACGUGCACAAUCACUAUCACAAACUGCCCAUUAUUGCGUCUGUAGCGUGGUAUGUGACCCUCCUUGUGCUGCUUAUCGUCUGGUUGGCGAGUGGGAGACCAAAAUAUCCAUCUCAGGAUGGCUCCAUUGCCUACAUAUCCGACGUUGGAGCAAGCUAUAUGAAACCUUUUUUUAUCGUUGGCACUUGCAUUACUGCCGUCAGUUUCGUCCUCACACUCGCGUCCGAACGGCUCCUCCAACACGCCCACCGCCUAUUACCUACACAGCGACGCUCAGAGACAAUUCUUUCGUAUUGCUCGAUUGCUGGCUCUAUCAUCGCUGGCGCAGGGCUGAUACUCUUGUCCAUCUUCGACACCAAGCGAUACACCAGCCUUCAUCGGGUCUUUCUUCUCGUCUUUAUGCUCGGUGUCAUUCUAAGCGCGCUAUUUACUGUCGUCGAAUUCCGUUUGCUCUCACAUACAUACGCGUCGUACAACAAACUCCGGCGGUCCUAUAUCGCCAAGGGUAUCAUUGCGGCGAUUCUUAUCUGCCUUGGCGUAGCAUUUGGUAUACUACUGUUCGGCGAUAGCGAAGCGUUGAUAGACGCUGGAGCCAUUCUGGAAUGGGUUAUAGGUUUUGGAUUUACCGCAUAUCUCCUCGUCUUCUUCUACGAUUUACGGCUUGCGGCCCCUCGACAUCAAAAGUCCCAGGCGCUCAAGAAUAUGGAAGCAGGACAAUGGCGGGUUUGA